GCGGCGGCGGCAGCGGCAGCAGUAGCCGAGGGGGCAGCGCGCAGCCCCACCCCUCGCCUGGCCCGAGCCGGGCCGCCCGCUCGCCGUGCCGUGCAGCGCAGCGCCCGCAGCCAGAGCCGGCACCAGCCCUAGCCCUGCGCCUGCAGCCCAGAGUCUAAAAUGUCCACUGAAGGGCAAAGAGUUGAUGAUAGCCCAAGCACUAGUGGAGGCAGCUCUGAUGGAGACCAACGUGAGGGUGUUCAGCAAGAGCAAGAAAGGGAGCAGGUUCAACCCAAGAAGAAGGAGGGCAAGAUCUCUAGCAAAACAGCCGCUAAACUAUCAACUAGUGCUAAAAGAAUUCAGAAAGAACUUGCAGAAAUUACAUUAGACCCUCCUCCAAACUGUAGUGCUGGACCCAAAGGAGACAACAUUUAUGAAUGGAGGUCAACUAUACUGGGGCCUCCAGGUUCUGUGUAUGAAGGGGGAGUUUUCUUCCUUGACAUUACCUUUUCACCAGACUAUCCUUUUAAACCACCUAAGGUUACAUUUCGGACAAGAAUCUAUCACUGUAAUAUUAACAGCCAAGGAGUGAUCUGCCUUGACAUUUUAAAAGACAACUGGAGUCCAGCAUUAACCAUUUCUAAAGUUCUCCUCUCCAUCUGCUCACUUCUUACAGACUGCAACCCUGCUGACCCCCUGGUUGGAAGUAUUGCCACUCAGUAUAUGACUAACAGAGCAGAGCAUGACAGAAUGGCAAGACAGUGGACCAAGAGAUAUGCUACAUAGGAAUCUACUAUAGAACAUGCUGGACCUGUGCAAGCACAUUCACUAAGUGCAUCAAUAGCCCUUCCCUCCCCUUUGUUCUUAUUUUUUAUUACAUUUUGAACAAUUUUGUGACAAAAGGUUCCUUCCUUCCUUCCUUUCUGUUUUUAUUUGUAUUUGGUUCUUUGUUUGUUUGUUUUGGUUUUGGUUUUUCAUUCUGUUAACUUGAAAGUUGCUUCCCUCAAAUGUAGACAGGGAAUUUUGGUUAUCAGUGCAAAGAAUGUUGGAUCUGUAAUAGUAUAGAGCUUUGUCCCAAAGCUUUGUAUUGAUGUGUGGUUUUUUUCCUUUCAUGUGGUCUUUGGGAAAACAAACAAAUUCAGAAUUAUAUCUCGUUUCUACUUAAAUGUAGUGUUUAGGGUUAUUUUUUUGUACUGAAGUCUUUAAUGGUGGGUGCAUGCUACUGGGAACAAGUUUUGUAUAAAAGCUUAAAAUCAAGAAUCACUGUGCAUUACUAAGACUGUGUUUAUCACUAGCCUUCUGUUUCCCGCACAGAAGGCUAUUGGGUUGAACAAAAGAAUAUGUAUUUUGAUUUACUUUAAAAAAAAAGUGCUUGUAAAUUUCUUAGGGACCUGCCACUUUGGACUGUGGAUCAGUUGAUGUACACUUGUAUUAUUAAAGCACUCAAUAAAACACUGUGGCUGAUAAAUGCACUUUUUGUAAGACAGUGCUUUUGCUUUUUGUAGAGUGUAAAUGGUAUAGCUCUGCAUGCAAUUAAACUUGCAUAAUACCAUUGCAAGUUAAGCCAUUAUGUUUAGUCCUGAACUUUUAAUUUCUCCUUGACAAUAAGUUUCUUAAAAUGUAGAAUUUCUCAAUAAACUCUAGCUUCAAUAUAAGCUUUUUUUUUUAAUGUAGUAAAAAAAGCUACCCUCUUACUUACUGGUGCCCAGCUACCCCGAAACCUCCUAUAUAUCUUCUUUUCUACAUCCAUCUUGAUUGUAAUAGUUAAAACAGCUGGUUACAAAAAUAGCCCCACAA